GAUGGUUGAUUGAACAAUUGUGCAAAGAUUGUGUAAUGUCUUGUUCCGCCCAGAUUUACUGGAUAUAAAAUCAAGUUCCAUUCUGAUUUCAAUCUAGUUGGAUAACCACCACAAUGAUUGCCCGGAUUCUGCCCUCGCUGUUGCUGCUUCUUAUUCCUCUUCUAGGAUUCCCUUACCGAAUUUCCGCCUCCUUUUACGGCAGCGAGGAGAUCCAGCCGCGCAUCAUUGGUGGUCAGGUGUCCAGCAUUAAGCAGGAGAAAUAUCUCGUACAGGUCACCACAUCCACGGAACUCUGCGGAGGAUCGCUGAUCAAACCGCGUUGGGUCAUCACCGCCGCUCAUUGUGUUUACAAGCAGAACAAGGAUGAGUUUAAGAUCUACGGAGGUGCCUCCGAUCAGGCGGGUCCAUAUGCCACCAUUCGCCAGGUGGAUUUCGUGGCCAUUCGUCCAGAUUUCAAUCGGAAGACCUUGAACAUGGAUGUGGCUGCCUUGCGACUGACUUCGGACAUGACGGGCGCCAAUAUAGAGACCAUUGCUUUGGCCUCCCAAUCCGUUCCAGCUCGCGUUUUGGUCAAGGUAUCCGGUUGGGGUUAUCUCCAUGCCGAUGCCACAACAACUGCCACCCGGGUGCACAGUGUCCUGGUUCCCGCGUGGUCGCGAUCUUCUUGCAUAGCUGCCUUCAAGGGUAUCCAUAGGAUUACCCGCUCCAUGAUGUGUGCCGCCAAGUUGUACAAGAAGGAUUCCUGUGAUGGCGACUCGGGAGGACCUUUGGUCUAUCGCGGUGAGCUGGCCGGGAUCGUAUCCUUUGGCUAUGGCUGCGCCUCCUCGCUGCCCGGUGUCUACACCAGUGUGCCUGUGAUCCGCGAGUGGUUUCUUCGCGUGGUUAAAGAGAAUUCCUAA